AUGUCCAAAGUGUACGUGCCCGGUAUCCAUAUCGUCAAACUAAACUUUAAGCUUCUAGAGGAAUUGGAGAAAGGCGAGAAGGGCUUGGGUGCCCAAUCGAUCUCUUAUGGCUUGUCCAAUCAGGACGAUAUCACCAUGACCCACUGGAACGGCACCAUCUUGGGCCCACCUCACCUGACCCACGAGAACCGCAUCUAUUCAUUGAGCAUUGUCUGUGGUGACGACUACCCAGAACAGCCCCCGGACGUGACCUUUGUGUCGAAAAUCAACCUUCCUUGUGUCAACUCCGAGGGCAAGGUCGUCAUCUCCGAGUUCGACACGUUGAAGAACUGGAAGCGCACCUACACCAUGGAAACUCAACAAGAAGCUCCCCAGCCGGCCGAGGGCUCCACGUAUUAG